AGGGACCCUUACUCUGCACAUGACGGUCAGCUGACUGCAGCCGGAAGCUUUCAGAAAGCAGAUAACCAUAACAACAAGUCCUCAUACACAAAACUUGAAUUUUUCAGUUAUUUAUGAUUGUUGAUCAUGGAGUCGACCCUCGAACAGCAUCUUGAUGACACCAUGAAAAAUCCAGCAGUUGUCGGUGUGCUUUGCACGGAUCAACAAGGACACAACCUGGGCUGCCGUGGCUCCCUGUCUGAUGAACAUGGCGGGGUUGUGUCAGUUUUGUCCAAACAAGCUGCAGCUCUGAUCAAAGACCCAACAGACUCUCCGACUGUGUGCCUGGAGUCGGAGUCAGGAAACAUUCUGGUGAGGAGUCAUGGCACCAUCACAGUAGCAGUUCACAAGAUAGCAUCUUGAAGAUGACGCGACUCAGUGAAUUGUUUUACUGUAAAGAAAUGUACAUGCAAACACACACAGAAGUAUAAUCACACAAUCUGAAUGAACUUCUGGAGUUUCCACACAUCUGUUGCGUUUUCUGUAUACUCAGAUCCCAUAUUUAAACACACUUGCUAAUUUUUAAUACUUGCAGUGUGAUCUUUUCUUUUAUUAAAAGAAAUAUAUACCAAUCUAUCUGUAAUGCUAUUUUAUUGUCAUGUACAAAUUAGGCCCUGUAUCAUGUUAUGUCCAGCCAUGGUAAUGCGUUGUGUGUCUUUUUGUGAACAUCCAUAUCUGUCAAUCCAAGGCAGUCAUGCACAGAAUAGCAAUCCUUAAUAAACUUUAACUUGACUUUG